AUGCCGCAUCAUCGCCACCAAACGGCCUCGACUGCCUUGGCCGCGAUACGCCGCCACGUCCACCAGUGGGUUGGCCUCGUCCUCUACAAUUCCAUCUACCAAAACAUCCUUCUCCUCCAUAUCUACCGCAUCCUCAAGUUCAUCUACGGCUUCUUCUCCCGCUCCACAGAGCUCUCCCGUAUCUGUGGUGCCUCAACAUCCUUCUCAUCUUCCCCCUCUUCCCCUUCAACCCCUCUUGACUGCCUCUGGACCCCGUUCGGUCACCCAUCCUCCGCCCUCGUCAACAAUAUCCACGCAGGAACCAUCGUCUACUCCAACCCAUCCUCCAACCCCCCAAUCCACGCCGGAAAUGGACGUCGUGCCAGUGUUCAGACCGGUCCUGCAGCGGCAAUCGCUCCUUCUUCGUCUUCAUCCGUAUCUGCCGACCCUUCAUUCCUCGCCUCGACCUUGGCCUCAACCCUGGCUGCCAGGCUGUCGACCGAGUCGAGCGAGUCGACCGACUCGUCCGUCUCCUCGAUCCAAUCGGGCCCAUUGGUCGCAGAGACCCUUGGCGAGGAACCGUCUGAAAUUCAUAAACAGAAACAGCUACAGGAGUACCUGCAGCGCAAGAGACGACAUGACGCGACCGUCUCCUCGAUCCAAUCGGGCCCAUUGGCCGCAGAGGCCCCUGGCGAGGAUCCGUCCGGAAUUCAUAAACAAAAACAGCAACAGGAGGUCCUGCAGCGCAGGAGACGACAUGACUCGACUAGUUCUUCGUCGCACACAGCCAUUAUGGAUCUGAGACAGUCGAAGGCCGCUGCCGGCAUGAUUUACAGAAUAGGUAAUGGAUCAUUUUUGCCACUUUCCGCUGCUGCUGCCGAACGACGUGAACUAGAGGCUGCCGACUGCGAUCCGAUUGAGAUCACUCGGCAAAUUCUGCGAAAGAAACGCUUCCCCGACUCGGCCUCAUUAUCGACACCUGCCGCAAGGAAACUUCAGUAUGCAUUGGAGAGGGUGGCGUCCACACACCAGCUGGCACGGGAGAUUAACCAACGCGUCCAUACCAAAUAUGAUUCGACAAACCCUGCCCAUGAGCGGAAACUCAUGUUGCUCUGGGAUUUACUUCGUCCCCAUGAUAAACUGGAAGGACGAUACACUAAGCAAUGGACCGAGAUCGGCUUCCAAGGCAAGGACCCAGCGACCGACUUCAGAGGCAUGGGCAUGCUUGGAUUGGACGAUUUGGUGUACUAUGCCAAGUACUACCCCAUGUCAUCGAAGAACGCGCUCGAGUGUUCUCACGAUGCUAUUUCUUGGUAUUCGUUUGCGAUCGUCGGGAUCAAUAUUACAUCGUUUGCGGUUCAAACAUUAAGAACCAGGCAGCUGCAGUACUACCUUUUCCUGAACGGUACAGACAGAUCGGUCCACCACGAAUUGUACUGUUACCUCUUUCACCGAUUCAAUGCAUACUGGUCAACUCUUGAACCCAAACCGAUUAUCAUGGAUUUCGAACGCGUGUUUGCCGACUUUAAGAUCAUGAUGGAGCGUCAACUUGCCCGGCGCAAGUUGAUGAUGCUCCGAUACGACACUAAAGAGAAUAUGCUUUCAGGCCAUGGUCACCACCAGCCACCGUCCGCUGUUGCUGCGCCUCCACGAUUGCCUCAGGAUGAAGCUGGCGAGCUUAUUGAAUUGGAGACCAAAAAAUCAAAGUAG